AUGAGGACAUCUGCAAUAAUUGUCAUUCUGAAAACUGUUCAACAGAGUUCAGAUCAAGUGAAUUCAGGCAAUUGUAGUCCUGAAAACACUAUUGAAGCAAAACGAGGAAAAGGAGACGACACCGCAUUAAAUGUUAUACGCUUAAAAUGUCGAAAAGGAAAUAACUCUCCUAGUACUGGUGGAACUAUUUUAGCCCAAGACGGACCAUGGGGUCAUUGGUCGAGAGAAAUGGAUUGUGAUUCCGGUAAACAAUUUGGAAGAGGAGAUGAUACAGCAGCAAACUAUGUAAGCUUUAUGUGCAGAAGUUUCAAUGGUGGAAACACUCAUAUUAUAGGCACACAAGGGUUCUGGGGACUUUUUGGAGCAUGGAGUCAAACAUGUCCUCUUGGGUCAGCAAUAUGUGGACUAGAAGUCCAAAUUGAACCCAACCAAGGUAGAGGGGACGACACAGCACUAAAUAAUGCUUAA